UAUGAAAUGAACAGCCCAAAACCCAUUUAGACUUAAAAACCCCUCAAUGGGCCUUUUUUCAUUUUCAGUUCAAACAAGAUGGUUGCCUCAAACCCUAGCCUUCUUCCUAUCCUCCUCCUUCGCCAUGGAUGACCCCUAGUAAGACCUCGAUUUUCGCCCCAGUUUCCACUUCUAGGCCCUUUCCUCCAAAACGACUACGAUGACCAUGACCACUCCAACGACGAUGUUUCGCACAAUGCCUUUGAUAAGGUUUACCUCGUUCCCUACAGGUCCUACAAAUGGGAUCACAUGCCAAGAGGCCCUGAUGACUUUGAUGCCCUGUGAGCCAUACUUGGUGGGUUCUGGCCCAGGCAGUCCUGCCGUUCCUUGUUGUGCUGGUGUCCAAACCCUUGUUUCUGAGGCUACCUCCCCUGACAUCCGCAGGAACCUCUGUGAAUGCUUGAAAACAGCUGCAGCUGGCAUGAAGAUUGACCCAGGCAGACUAAAGGCCAUCCCCGAAUACUGUAAGGUCUCCGUUCCUGUACCUCUUGACCCCAACGUCGACUGCAGCAAAGUUCCUUUGUUCUGAAGGGCGUGCAUGAUGAUGGUAUGAAAUAAAACUUGAAGAAGGAUUAGCUGCAAGACAGAUGUUUUGUGAUGUGCAGAAAAUUAAUUAGUGUUUGAUUCCUUUUGUGCAUCCAAAAUUUAUGUAUUAAAAAGCAAUUAUAUAGUAAAAGAAUGCUAUCAUUACUCCUUAUUCUCCUUCUUUUUUCUUUACUUGGUUUAGUCUCUGCUCCCAACUAAGAAGCAGUUAAGCCGUAUCCAUUUUCCUUACUAGUUUCAUUCACCAAAAUCUACAUUGCUUGGUAAUAUAACUACCCUGUAAUGAAAAAAAGAAAAAGGAAAAAAGAUUAGCAUCAAUACAAAACUCAAUCCCCGAUUCUCUCCCCGUCUCACAAAUGAAAAAUUAAGACAUACAAGAA